GACUCCCGGAAGUUUUUGUUUCCUCACCUGUCAGUUCGGAGCAGCCACUUGCGAAUGUCUAGCCAGCCUCGUCUCUUUGUGUUUUCCCCCUCUUUUACAGGGUCUCUCUUUUUGAGCAUAAAUGGUAGCUCUAUGUGGCCAGCUGAUAUUUAAUUGAGGACAGCUUCUAACACGGUCUUCCCGUCUAAGGACUAGGCCUCUGUCAAGACAUGGAGCCUUUGGCAGUAGACGAUGACAUUUGCAUCCUUAAGCACGAGACGGCCUACACCCCUGCCGGAGAGAGCCCAGUGUCGGUGUGUGCCGGCGAUGAGUCCGUUGCCUCUCACUUCGCCUUGGUCACUGCCUACGAGGACAUAAAGAAGAGGCUCAGAGACACGGAGCGGGACAACACUUUGCUGAAGAAGAGGGUGAAGCAGUUAGAGGAAAAGCUCUUCAGGCCGGAGGCUCCUCCAUCAGAGGGCCCCCAUUACGUGAACAAGGCCUUCAGCGCUUACAGAGGAAUCUACAUUGAGAAGGAGGACCUGCAGAUGGAGCUUAACAAACUGAAAAAGGACAAGAGCGAGAGUGAGAGGUUGCUGACGGAGCAACUCCAAGCCAAAGAGUUAGAGCUACUUCAGCUGAAGACCGAGAUGGAGACCACCCAAGUGAUGAAGAGCCUAAAUAGCCCUCAGGACUGCUGGCAGAUGGAGAGAGUCGACACAGAGCUGCAGAUCCGCAAACUGCAGGAAGACCUCGAGAGGGUUAUGCUGGAGAACAGCCGGCUGCUGGAGAGAAGCACGGAGGAGUCACAAGGCCUUAAUGGACCAGACUUGAACCAGACAUGUGAUGGAAGGCAUAGUUCAAGGGAGAGGAACGUCCAGCAAACGUACGCAGCUUUGUGCUGCGAAGUCACCCGUCUCCAAUCAGAGAUGAGGCUCCAGUCGAGCCUGAUUAGGAAGCUCAGGCCACUGAUCGGCGAGACGAGACAAGCUGCUUCUACUGUCCCUGUCCAGUGUCUGGACGACGUGGAAAAGAACAACAACAACAACCUCCCAGUCAUUCGGGCCCCCCCGUCUGCAGCCGCCUCCCCUGUCAGCUGUCCUGUCCUGUGACGGCCGCCCUUGUCCCUGUCGUUGUCUGCACAGCCCCUCUCUGCCAGAGUUGCCUGGGAGGGACACUGGGAGGGACACUCCAACGGAUCCAAUUCGUCGUCGUCACUGGGAAACUUCACUCCAAUGAGCCCCCCCAGUGCCGAGUGGGCCAAGCCGUAUUGAUUAGACCGAAGAGUAAUAACGGGGCGGAAACAACAAAGGAACCGACGAAGGUCUCCAGCUCGGCCACACAGCUACCACCUAACCUGCCUUAAGCUAAUUUAGCCACUCGUUGGUGGUGAACUGGUUUGGCCUUCAAAGAAGGCCAGAGGAGGUUCCUUUUUAAGGUGAAAACUGUCAUCUCCUCACGGCGCAUCGGCGAACAUAUCCGGCUUUACAGAGAAACAUCCGACCCUUAAAAGAAUCCAACUUGUAUCUCCAUUUGUAUGUGUCCUUGUACGCACAUGCAUUAGUGUGUGCAAGCAUGCAUACAGGCAGUUUAAUUUGAGUGUUUGUGGGUGUAAAUGCACAUAAAACAGCGUGCCUGUGAAUGCAGAAACGGUGUGUGUGUGUGUGGGUGGUUGUGUGUGUAUGGGCCUCUUCCGCCUGCCUUUUUCAUCGUAAUAAACCUAAUAGGGCUCAGAGGGGCUUCCUUUCUCCACACAUCAUGGCCCCGGAUCACUAGAGCCACAACACUGUAGUAGUUUGUAUAAUUGUACCUUUUUUUUUUUAUACAUUGGAUCAAUGUAAAUUGUACAAGGUAUGUAGCCCCUGUUCGUCUCAUCGUGUUAUGGAGAUGUGUAGGAAUGAAGGCUUUUGUACAGUGAUGAAGACGGACAUAUAGGAGCAAAUGUAGAUUUUUUAUUUUUUAUUUUUUUUCCAAAUUUCAGCAGCUACCAAAUUAAAACUGACCUAUUUGCAUCCAAAAAUUACUUUUCAUUUAAGGCCUUAAAGUCGUAUUUUGAACUUCUGCUUGUGCGCACUGCAUCUCUCUGGAGAUUUUACGUAUCGAGAGAUUUUAAGUAUCAUGUUUCAUCAACCUGCCUCCUUAAAUUCACCUGUGAUUAUUUUAUUGAAAGAGAACUUGAUGGGGUGGAGUUCUCGGUUGUACCUCGAAUGUGCAUCUCAGUUUGGUUGGCCGCUAAAGACCCAUACACUCCUCUUCAAUUUUAAAGGGCAAAUAUUAUUUUUACAAUGAUUGUGUUCAAGUUUGUAGAUCAUAAUGUGAACAGUAGUGCUAAACUCAAGGCAUCCAAGAAGUGGACCAAAAGUUGCUGGAGAGUGAACGCUGUACAUUUAUUUUCAGCACAAAAGUAGUUAUAGUGAAGACUGCAGCUUGGUUUUAAGUUCAUGAAGUGAUUUGUGUGUUUAUCUACUCCAGUGAGUGAGGAGGAAGUCGGGACAAAUGUCCUCAGAAAGCACUAGCUUGAAGACCUAUCAAACCGGCAUCCUACCCUGGAAUUUAAAAACACUGCUGCAUUCUUGAUCCAGGUGGAAAGUAGUGGGGUACAUUUAUUUGAGUACUGUAGUUGAGUACAUUUUUGUCCACCAUUGCUUGUAAUCCACCACAGUGGCAGAUGACCUCUGUUUAAACUGUAACUUGAAACGCUAAAAUUCUUGCAGCAUUAAGAUUAAUUUCAUGACUAGUUGUGAGAUAAUUGCUCUGACUUCCAUCAACCUUGUAAAUCUUGUUUUGCAAAGGAAGCGCCGUUAUGUCACAAUAGGCUGCUUUAUCGUAGUGAGGUCUGUCUAUGCAGGUUUCAUUUUUCUCCACAUAAUCAGUCAGCUUUACUGCUGAGAGUUUUACCUCACCACAUGUGUGAGCCAACUGUGUGAGGACACAGUUUGCAGCUAAGGCUAAUUAUCAUGGCUAAACAUGCUAGGGGAUAUUUCUGGACAAAAUGGUUAUUGAUUUCAAAGGAUUUGCCAACAUUGGCAGACAUGUUGUACUGACAGAGGACACAAAGUGUAAGAUUUUGUAUUCAGGAAAGCAUUUCCCAAAUCCAGUAAACUUGAUGCUCACAAAUAACAGCUGUGGUCACUGUGGUGGUUUAUCUGCUUACUCUCGUCUGUCAGGUUUGUUUUUUUGUUUUAUUUUUUUUGUUCUUAGCUCUAUUUCCUUGACGUUUACUUCCAUUUUGCUCAUUCAUCGAUGCAUAGAUGAUCUUUGUAGAGUGCUCUCUCGAUUUUUUUUUUUUCUGUGUUGCCAAUAAGUGGUUGCUUAUCUAUUCCACAUAUUUCUUCUUGAAAGGAUUUUUUUUAUUUUUUUUAUCAAGAAAUCGCUCUGGUUUUCUUUACCCAACAGCAACCCUUCAUACAUGGUCAUCAUCCACGUGUGGCUCUCAAUUCUGCUUAAGAUAGGCGAGACUACAGUCUCUUUUUGUUUUGUUUUCAAAAAUGCUUCUAAAACAAUCUGGUUUGAAAAGGCCGUUUUUUGGUUUUUUUUUACUUUCACUUUUUAGUUUUAUGACUCUUUAUGAUAUUUGCCCUUUAACAUCUGAGACAAGCUUUGUGAAUAUUAUGAAAGUGUAUCUAAUCUUUGCACUGUGCUCUUGUUAUUGUUGCUGUUAAAUUAAGAGACGUGUGGAGGCAAUUUCUAUGAGGCAAGUCUAAAACAGGUGUACAAAUGCAGACGUGGGACAGCACAAGAAACAGAAUGUGCAUAUCUGUAUAAAUGUAAAUGGUGGGCUUCAGUACUUUGCCAAAUGUGAUUCUGCACUUCAUUUUUUUUUGUUUGUUUCAUUUUUUCCUCCCUGGGGACCAAGACCUCUGAUUUGAUUGAGAGCCGUCUGUGAUGGUGGAAAGAUAAUAACUUGAUAACCUUUAGAAAUGUGAGCUGGGACUUGGAAAAUAGGGUGCACAAAACCCCAUGGUUGUUCAAAUUUUUGCUUUUGAUUUAUUUUGGUUUUUGUUGGGGUUUUUUUGCAAUUUUCUUCAAUCAAUUUCAAAACUUAGUUGUUUUUUUUUCUUAAAUUUUUAUUGAAUUGUUAUUUUACAGCUGGACUUUCAUACUUCUCGAAACAAUUUGCAAACCAAAAUGCAAUGUAUAGUAGAUAUGGAUUAUAUUUUAGACUUUCCACACUUCAGACUGUUUGUAAAUAUGAUUACAUAAAUAAAUGAAUGAAAGCUA